CCGUAGCAACUCCGACAAUGAGCGACGAGCAGCGCUUCGAUGGUCUCUUGAUGCAAAUGGCGCAGCAACAGAACGGCAUUGAGCCCAUGCUAACCAGCGUGUUUGGAUUCCUUCGUCGGAAGACUGACUUCUUCUCGGGGGCAACCCAAGAAGCGAUUGAGCAGAUGGUGCUGACCGUGGUGCGCAAAGAGUCUGCGAUUGCCGAACGAGAACGGUACGAUCGCAGGGUGCAGGAGGAAAAGGACAAGAAGAAGCGCCUUGAAGCCAAGCGAAAGAAGGAGGAAGAGGAAGCAGCUUCGCGGAAAACGCAGUCCCGAUUUGAAGAAAUCACAGACGAUGAAGAUGUCGUGCCGUCGGUGCCAGUGAAAACGUCUGCACCCGUAGCAGCGCCAUCUCCUGUUACUGCUGCUCCUGCGCCUGCUGGUGACAACGCCGAAGACGACGACAAGGAUGAUGGCGCCCCACCUCUUGAAGGGAAUGGUGGCAAGACCGACAAUUACGUGUGGACCCAAACGUUGCAGGAAGCCCACGUAACGAUCCCCGUGCCCCAAGGCACGACGUCGAAGCAAGUCGUUGUCGACCUUCGCUCCAAGACGUUGAAAGUGGGGCUGAAGAGCCAGCCGUUGAUCGUGGAUGGCGACCUGCACAAGAAAAUCAAAGUCGAAGACAGUUUUUGGACGCUCGAGGACAACAACCGCAUUUGCGUGUACCUCCAGAAGGAGAACCAAAUGGAGUGGUGGAAAUGCAUCAUGGUGGGCGACGUCGAGAUUGACACGAAGAAGGUGCAACCAGAGAACUCGAAGCUGAGCGACUUGGAUGGCGAAACGCGGCAAACGGUCGAGAAGAUGAUGUUUGACCAGCGCCAGAAGCAAAUGGGGCUGCCUACCAGCGACGAACUGGGCAAGCAGGAGAUCCUGAACAAGUUUAUGAAGGCACACCCCGAAAUGGACUUUAGCAAGGCCAAGAUCAACUAAAUGUGCAAGAGAAAAUUCUGGAUGGAUGCACGUGGUGCGUCGACUUUGCGCU